AUGGACAACUUCACUUUAGUCAAUGGCCAGGUGUAUACGCCAGGGUUGGCCAUUGUUGACGCCCCACAACCGAACACACCGCUCGGUGGAGGCAGGUUUUACCCAUCAACAUGCUCGAGACUCCCAACUAACGAACCGCACGUAGAAACUCUGCAAGUCGCCAUCGAUGUCUCAGGGAAUGGGAAGCUCCCUUGGCCCCCGUCUACACAAUCUGCAGACUCGCCCACGCUUUUCCACAACAUCACGCUGUUUCUGACGUCCGAGGCCAAGUCUCAUAACUUCACCAUCUCCAACGGCACGCUACCAUCGAUUAACAACACAUACGUUGGUCCUGUUCUGGACUUGGAGCCAUCGUCGACGGUGAAGCAUGUAAAUUGGGUUUGGCCUGAGUGCCUUGUCGGGAAUGGCGCCAGCGGUUCCGAUCGAGGCGAUUACAACAUCUCCAUGCAUCAAUCCUUCCGCUGGAAUGGAACCGACUACUAUACCGUGUUUGACCUGCCCAUAGCAGUUACUAACAGCAUUCCCAAGAGCUCAGAGCGAGUGAGCUGCGCGCUGUUGGAAAAUAAGCUCUUGAGCGAGUCUGCGAUCGACGAGAGCUCCGAUACGCUUCCCGGGCAGCCAUGGGUUGACAGUGGGGCCAGCACUAGCGGUGACAGCAAUAGCAGCAGUGAUGGAUCCAGCAGCUCUACCUCACGAGGUACGAGGAUGAGUCUCCAGAAGAUGCUUGUUCUUGUAGCUGUCGGGACUUGCACGCUGCUCCACUGGUGA